GCCAUAUUUUAAGUAAUAAAGUAAAACAAAUUUAUACGAAAAGCUCCAAAACACUCAUUUGUCUUCUCCCAUUUCUCUCUUUCUUUCUAAAAGGACGCGCGAGAAAGUUAGUGCCCAGAAUUAUACGGAAGAAGCACCUCUCCCCGUUUUCAAACUUUCCGCUGCCAAAUCCCCGAGCUUUUUUCUUUCUGGAUUCUAUCAUGCCUUCUCGCGUCGCCGUGAUUAAUCCCACGACGCUGAGCUUUGCAGCGGUUCUGGUAAUGACGGCGGCCAUAAUCACAGCUUCUGCCGCCGGAGGCGACUUUUCCGAUCUCCACGAGGUUAAGGUCCGCGGCCACUUGAAGAAACUCAACAGGCCCGCCCUCAAAUCCAUUAAGAGCCCAGAUGGAGAUGUCAUAGAUUGCGUCCCUAUAUCUCAGCAGCCGGCUUUUGAACAUCCUCUCCUCAAGAGCCACACCAUUCAGAUGAAGCCGAGUUUCCACCCAGAAGACGUUUACUCAGGGAGCAAGGUUUCGUCGAACACCACGAAACAGUCAAAGGUUAUUCUAUCUCAGCUUUGGCACGUCAACGGAAAAUGCCCGGAAAACACAGUUCCGAUUCGAAGAACACGGAGAGAAGAUUUCAUCCGAGCGAAUUCCAUCGAGAAUUACGGGAAAAAGAAUCAGAAAAGCAUCCCUAAACCCAAGUCCUAUGAUCCUGCAAGCGUCCUCACCCAGAAUGGCCAUCAGCAUGCCAUAAUGUACGUGGAAGAUGGCAAGUUUUACGGCGCCAAAGCCAAGAUGAAUGUCUGGAAACCCGAUGUCGAAAUGCCAAACGAGUUCAGCUUGGGACAGAUUUGGGUAUUGGGUGGUAAUUUUAAUUCCGAUCUCAACAGCAUCGAAGCCGGUUGGCAGGUGAGCCCUCAACUGUAUGGCGAUAAUAACACAAGACUCUUCACUUACUGGACUAGUGAUGCAUACCAAGGAACAGGAUGCUACAAUCUUCUCUGCUCGGGCUUUGUCCAAAUCAACAACGAAAUCGCUAUGGGUGGAUCCAUCGCCCCCUUAUCAAACUACGGCGGUUCCCAAUACGAUAUCACCAUUCUUAUCUGGAAGGACCAAAAAGAAGGAAACUGGUGGCUGCAGUUCGGGGAGAAAUACGUAAUCGGGUACUGGCCGGGCUCGCUGUUCUCUUACCUGUCGGAGAGUGCAUCGAUGAUAGAAUGGGGAGGGGAAGUGGUGAAUUCGGAGGAUGAAGGGCGACACACGAGGACUCAGAUGGGGAGCGGACACUUUGCCGAGGAAGGAUGGGCGAAGGCGAGCUAUUUCAAGAAUGUCCAGAUAGUGGAUGGAUCCAACACUCUGAGAGAUCCAGAUGGGCUUCAGGUCUUCACAGAACAAGAAAGCUGCUACAAUGUCAAAAGUGGAAGUGGCGGCUCUUGGGGAAGUUUCUUCUACUAUGGCGGCCCUGGCCGUAACCCCGAUUGCCCGUGAACGUGUGUGUAUAUGCAAUGUCUCAUACAUAUAUACAUAUAUAUAUAUAGAUACCGUAGGUUUAAAUGUAUAUCGAUUCAGUGUUUAGGUCGUAUAAGAUAAUGAACCUUCAGAUUUUGUGUCCCGGUUUUC